UUCAGAAUUAAAUUUUUUAACAUGAAAUCUACUAAAAUUAAGUAGAAAUCUUCAUUCAACAAUCAUUAGUGUCAAAAUAGCCUGAUAAGCUCAACAAAGCAUUUAAAAGUUCAAAUAAAAUCAUUCACAGGACUCUUGGCGCCAGUAGUACUGACGAAACUAAUCAAUAAUGUCAAAUAAAAGCUACAUUGAAAGUGAUAGGAAAUGCACCAAUGUUUGGUUUUUGGUGAUUAGUAUCGUGUUUAUAUGUGUAACGCUUCUCCUUGUUGGCUUCUGCUGGAUUACAAGCACUCCAUCUCGAUUUGGUAAGCCAUAUGACGACUGUGGCUACUUCUGUGGGGAAACAAACGUUGACAUUCAAGAAUAUGACUAUAAGUGCAGCUUCCAGCAAAAGGACCAUCGAGACAAACCAAAACUUCAAAUCAAACUCGACCCAAAAACCAAUAAAAUCAGACAUGAUUGUGUCAAGAAAUGCUACAAAGGAUAUAAAGAAAAGUUUAAUUAUUGUAUCAAAAGGAAUCAAAUCAAAGAAUUCGGAAAAGAUACAUUAAUCAUAGCUGAUGGAUCAUUAGAAGCUAUUUUCUACACUUGGGACUCAAUUCUAAUGAUCUGCUUUGUUGCAUUUUGUUUCUCUUACAUUUCAUUAUUUCUGUUCCGUUAUGUGGCAUUUUAUGUCAUUUGGAUCAUCAAUGUUGGAUGCAUCUUGUUCCUGAUAUUCUUGACCUUUGCUGCAAUUUAUAUGAAAGAGAAUCUAGUGGCUGUGGUAAUGGCUAUAAUGGCUAUAAUAUUGAUAGUUCUGUUGAUCGUGUUUAGAAGGAGAAUUGGACUUGUUGCUACGUUAUUUAGGGUUGCGUCUAAGGCACUGAUGGAUAUACCUGCGAUUAUGUUUGAGCCAUUUUUGACAUUCAUCUUUCUGCUUAUGACCUUCAUAAUUUUCAUCAAAUUUUCCAUAAUAAUCGAAACCUCAGCCGAAGUUCGUCGAUACAAAGAAGACAACAGAGUCAAACUAAACUACGAAGAUCGAUUCAUAAAUGACCUAGCUCACGUCUUCAAUGUCGUCACAUUCGCUUGGUUCACACAAUUUAUCUUCGGAUGUCAACAUUUUGUUAUUGCUGACACGAUUGUUCAGUGGUAUUUUACACCUGACAAAGAAAAACUUGGAAAUCCAAUUUUGACGUCAUUUAAGAAUUUACUAAGGUAUCAUCUUGGAAGUAUUUGUUUGGGAGCUAGUUUGAUAACGAUUGUAAAGGUUGUAAAGACGAUUGUGGAGCUGAUUAGGAAUCAACUGAAAAACACCCAAAGCUCAAUCGGCAUUGCCAUAGCUUACUGUCUAAGAGUAGUCAUUGGUGCAUUUGAUGAAUUCUUGGAAUACCUUGUUAGAAACGCCUACAUUAUCGUUGCCAAAGAAGGAACCGAAUUCAUUGAAUCAGGAAAGAGAGCUUCACACUUGUUGACCAGGAAUAUUGUUGAUGUUAUAGCAUUGAACAACUUUGGGGACUUGGUUUUGUUUAUUUGUAGAUUGCUGAUUGUUCUGAUUGCUGGAUUUGUGGGGUAUGGGAUGUUGGACUCACCAGACACUCGAGACAACAUGUACCCACCCCUCAUCCUCGGCAUAGUUUUUGCUUUCCUCAUCGCUCACUGCUUCGUCACAGUAUUUGAAAUGACAAUAGAUACAAUUUUCAUCUGCUACUGCAUUGAUUGUGAGGAGAAUGAUGGAGACCUGAACCCAUACCACAUGUCGGACUGCUUAAAGAAAAUUCUUAUGGACAUGAAGGAACAUUCUAGCAUGUUUCUGUUGACUAAUGAAGGCGGGAAAGAUGCAGAAUUUAGAAGUGGAAUCGCAGAUGGAAGUAGUUUACCAAUGUUGGUUCAGAAGAAUGAUUCUCAUUUAAUUCACACAACCAAUCCAUUUAUGGUGGAUAAUGAGGAUGGACAUCAGGUUUAUCAGCAAGAUGUGGAUGAGCAUGAGUCAUAUUUAGAUCAAGUUUACCAAAAUUAAUAGUCAAUAUUAAUGUAAAGGAUAUGCAAUUAUACAAUAUACAUAACCUAGUCAAUCUACCUCGUAAUAAGGAGGUCCAAAAAUAAUAAAUGUUCAAUU